GCCUACCCUAUUUCUUCAACAAACAAAAAAAGAACAUGAAUGCCUCUCACAUGCCUCGCUCGGCGGGGUGGAAUGCUCAUUCCUCUCCAUGGGAAUCAUUGCUUGGAACUUCAAGGCUUCUAAGCUCGAGCAACAAUUUGGGGCUUCAUUUUCAUCUUCCUCCUCCAAGCUAACCCUCGGCGGCAAAGAGACUGAAAAAUCAGCUGAAAACGGGAAUGGCGGCACUGGCUCGGUCAUCCAGAAGAGCCCUAGCAACCGCCUUCUCCGCUCACCUGCGGCACGGCCACCAUCAGCUCCGCCGCACGCUGGCUACGGAGGCGCAUGCGGCAAUCAAGGACUCGUCGCUGGAUCGGGUCAAGUGGGACUACAGAGGGCAGAGAAAGACAAUCCCUCUAGGGCAGUGGGCUCCUAAGGUGGCUGUCGACGCCUAUGUCGCCCCAAAUGUCGUACUCGCGGGUCAGGUCACCGUCUGGGACGGUGCCUCUGUCUGGAACGGCGCCGUUCUCCGUGGGGAUCUCAACAAGAUCACCGUUGGCUUCUGCUCUAAUGUCCAGGAGAGAUGUGUCAUUCAUGCCGCUUGGUCGUCCCCUACGGGGCUUCCGGCAGAAACAUCUAUUGAAAGGUACGUGACGAUUGGUGCAUACAGUCUUCUGAGAUCCUGCACCAUUGAGCCAGAGUGCAUCAUCGGUCAACACUCCAUACUCAUGGAAGGUUCUUUGGUCGAGACCCAUUCAAUCCUUGAAGCAGGAUCUGUGGUCCCACCAGGAAGAAGAAUCCCAACGGGUGAGCUUUGGGCUGGGAAUCCGGCAAGGUUUGUCCGUACCCUGACCCACGAGGAGACCCUGGAGAUUCCCAAGCUUGCUGUUGCAAUAAAUGAUCUGAGCCAUAGCUAUUUCUCAGAGUUCCUACCAUACUCGACUGUGUAUUUGGAAGUUGAGAAGAUGAAGAAGUCGAUGGGGAUCUCAAUUUGAAGUUUCUCCUCAAGAGCUGCUGCCUACCCGGUUCGGAUUCUUCUCUUUCUUUUCUACAAAGAGGUGAAAAUAAGCACUCGUAAGGGGACUCGAAUGAAUGGGAAGUUUCCCCUUGGUCCCCCUUGGGAUACUAUGCUUGUGUGUUGUAUGUCUAUACAUAUAUAAUGUGCUUUUCCCCUUUCAAGAUGGGGUGGGAUUUACUACCAUAAACACUCUGCUAAUUUUUAGAACUCGAGCUUCAAUCCGGGAGCGAAAAUGAAUAUGAUGUUGUUGCUUGAUUAUGAUUGUGUGAUUCUCUGAAUGCUGUCUCGUCUUGAACUUGAAUGUCGGGGCAUUCUCAAUACGACGAUUUUGCCCCGUCUCGUUUCUUUGGAUAAU